ACUGCAAAAAAACAAAAAACAAACACACAGAGCUUAGUGAAGUAGGUGGAGGAGUCCAGGUGGGGAAACCCCCCUCUCCAACACCUCCUCAUUACGCCAUGGAUGACUCGGGGAUAAUCCGGCGCAGGAGGCUUCAGAAGGAUUUACCACUGCCUCGCAAGAACAGCAGUUGUCGGACAAGCAACAGGAAGAGUCUGAUCCUGACCACCACGUCUCCCACGCUGCCUCGCCCACACUCCCCUCUUCCUCUGCCCGGACACCUCGCAGGAAGCAGCCCUCUGGACAGCCCACGAAACUUCUCUCCAAGCAACCCGGCUCACUUCUCGUUUGCCUCCUCCAGAAGAGCCGACGGACGACGAUGGUCUUUAGCAUCUUUGCCCUCUUCUGGAUAUGGCACUAACACUCCCAGCUCAACGUCCUCCAGCUCUUCUCAGGAGCGACUGCACCAGCUGCCCUUCCAGCCCACCAUGGAUGAGCUCCAUUUCUUAUCCAAACACUUCGGCAGCACCGAGAGCAUCACGGACGAUGACGGAGGCCGCUCAUCGCCCCACAUGCGCCCACGCUCCCGCAGUCUCAGCCCGGGACGUUCCUCCUCCUGCUACGACAAUGAGAUAGUGAUGAUGAACCAUGUGUACAAAGAGCGCUUCCCAAAGGCCACGGCACAGAUGGAAGGGAGGCUAGCCGAGUUCAUCCAGGCGUUCUCUCCGGAAAACGUUCUUCCGCUGGCCGACGGCGUCCUCAGCUUCAUUCACCACCAGAUAGCCGAGCUGUCCAGGGACUGCCUGGCCAAAGCUCGCGAGGGCCUCAUCACCUCCGUCUACUUCUUUGAGCUGCAGGAGAACCUGGAGAAGCUCCUCAAUGAUGCCUUUGAGCGCUCGGAGAGCUCUGAAGUCGCCUUCGUCACCGAGCUGGCAAAGAAGCUUCUCAUCAUCAUCUCCAGACCUGCCAGGCUCCUGGAGUGUCUGGAGUUUAAUCCGGAGGAGUUCUACCAUCUGCUGGAGGCGGCAGAGGACCACGCCAAGGAGGGUCACCUGAUGAAAACAGACAUUCCUCGUUACAUUAUCAGCCAGCUCGGACUGACCAGAGACCCGAUUGAAGAGAUGGUCAACCUCGACAGUUACGACAGCGAGGGGCCGUUAACACCUGAAACCGAUGACUCGACGGAGGGUAAGAUCAGGGCAAUGAAGCCACCAGGAGAAGCCGACUUCCAGACCAUCAAGCUGAUCAGUAACGGGGCGUACGGUGCCGUGUACCUGGUGCGUCACCUGGAGACACGUCAGCGAUUUGCCAUGAAGAAGAUUAACAAGCAAAACCUGAUACUGAGGAACCAAAUCGAGCAGGCCUUCGUGGAAAGAGACAUCCUUACCUUCGCUGAGAAUCCCUUUGUCGUGUCCAUGUUCUGCUCCUUCGAAACCCGUCGGCACCUCUGCAUGGUCAUGGAGUACGUAGAAGGUGGAGACUGUGCCACUCUGCUGAAGAACAUCGGGGCUCUGCCGGUGGAGAUGGCUCGGAUGUAUUUCGCAGAGACCGUCCUCGCGCUGGAGUACUUGCACAACUAUGGCAUCGUGCACCGUGACCUCAAGCCUGACAACCUCUUGAUUACAUCAAUGGGUCACAUCAAGCUCACGGACUUUGGUCUUUCUAAGAUGGGUCUCAUGAGUCUGACCACCAACUUGUAUGAAGGACACAUAGAGAAGGAUACUCGGGAGUUCUUGGACAAACAGGUGUGUGGGACUCCAGAGUACAUCGCCCCGGAGGUCAUUCUCCGUCAAGGUUACGGGAAGCCGGUGGACUGGUGGGCUAUGGGCAUCAUCCUGUACGAGUUCCUGGUGGGCUGCGUGCCUUUCUUUGGAGACACUCCUGAGGAGCUGUUUGGACAGGUCAUCACAGAUGACAUAGUUUGGCCUGAAGGAGAUGAGGCUCUCCCUGUUGACGCCCAGCACCUGAUCUCCUCCCUUCUGCAGACGAAUCCACUGGUUCGACUGGGCACAGGUGGUGCUUUUGAAGUGAAGCAGCACUCAUUCUUCACAGAGGUGAACUGGAACAGUGUGCUGAGGCAGAAGGCAGAGUUCAUUCCUCACCUGGAGUCCGAGGAAGACACCAGUUAUUUUGACACCCGAUCCGAGCGCUACCAUCAUGUGCAGUCAUACGACGAGGACGAUACCAAUGAUGACGAGCCUGUGGAGAUACAUCGCUUCUCAUCCUGCUCCCCACGUUUCAGCAAGGUGUACAGCAGCAUGGAGCAUCUGUCCCAGCUCGAGCAUAAACCCCCUGGAGUGACUCUACGAGAGCACAAAGUCCCCAGGGAGGAUCGAAAGGCGAAGAGAGAAAGUCUGGGCAGCCUCACACUUAGGGACAAGAGUUGGAGGACCGGAUCGCCUGAAAUGAAGCGCUUGUCCUGCUCUGAGACCUCCUUCACCGAAAGCGACUCCAGCCCACCGUCCGGUGCCCGAAGACGCUUCUCUGCCCUCAUGGAUACUCACCGCCUGGCCUCUCCUCUGGAAGUCGACUCUGAGCUACCCUCUGUCCCUACCAGGCAGCCUCCAGUGAAGGCCAGAGGGGCUUCCCUGGAAGGAGCCAUGGGUACCGUCGCCUCUCAAGGCGAUUUGAGACCAUUCCUUAAAGAUAGCAACGGUCACACAGCUGGAGAUAAGCAUUUGAGGCCGGCUGAUGCUUCGUUGCCUCUACCGAGCAGUGCUACUGUUCUGGGCCUCCCAGAUACACAGGCGGCCCGUGGGGCCACCACCGACCUAGUGCUGAGGAGGGUUCGCCACCAGCAGCUCUCAGCUGAAGGAGAGAAACGUAGCUCACGACCAGGAACCAAAGUUAUCAAAUCUGCUUCUGCUACCGCAUUGUCUGUCAUCAUCCCUGCAGUGGAGCAACAUGGUGCCUCCCCUCUAGCGAGCCCCAUGUCUCCUCGCUCCCUCUCGUCCAACCCGUCCUCCCGUGACUCUUCUCCAAGCAGAGACUACUCUCCCAUGGUCAACGUCUUGCAUUCUCCGAUCACCAUCCACCGCUCGGGGAAGAAGUAUGGCUUCACUCUCCGAGCCAUCAGAGUCUACAUGGGAGACAGUGACGUCUACAGCGUACAUCACAUGGUCUGGCAUGUGGAGGAUGGAGGUCCUGCCCAGGACGCUGGACUGAGUGCUGGUGACCUCAUCACUCACGUAAACGGGGAGUCAGUUCAUGGUCUGGUCCAUACGGAGGUGGUGGAGCUCAUUCUGAAGAGUGGAAGCAAGGUGACGGUUACAACUACUCCAUUUGAGAACACCUCGAUAAAAGUCGGUCCUGCUCGCAAGUCCAGCUACAAAUCCAAGAUGGCACGACGGAGCAAAAGGAUGGGAGCAAAGGAGGGACAAGAUAAGAAGCGCAGUUCCCUGUUCAGGAAAAUCACCAAACAGUCCAACCUGCUCCACACCAGCCGGAGCCUCUCCUCUUUGAAUCGCUCUCUGUCGUCUGGAGAUAGCCUCCCAGGCUCCCCCACCCACAGCCUCACCGCCCGCUCGCCUACCCAGAGUUACCGUUCCAAUCUUGAAUCCCCUUACCUCGGCACCUCCUCCCAGAGCAGCUCUCCAGCCUCCAGCACCCCGAACUCCCCAGCAGCCUCUCACCACAUGAGGCCCAGCUCCCUGCACGGCCUGUCUCCCAAACUUCACCGCCAAUACCGCUCUGCUCGCUGCAAAUCUGCCGGCAACAUCCCGUUAUCUCCUCUGGCUCACACGCCCUCCCCGACCACCUCCUCCCCUCCACCUCUGAGUGGCCACACAGUUGGGAGCUCCAACACCACACAGAUGUUUCCCGCCAAGCUGCACUCCUCGCCUCCUGUUGCCCGCCCUCGUCCUAAAAGUGCAGAGCCGCCGAGGUCCCCCCUGCUGCAGCGGGUGCAGUCCGCGGAAAAGCUGGGAGCGCCGAUGCUCCCUUCUUCCUCUUCUUCAUCAUCGUCGCCUUCUCCUCUGACAGGAGUGUCGUUACGCAAGCAUAGCCUGGAGGUGGCACAUGGGGACUACCGGAGAGAAUCCUUCCACUGUGAGCACAGCCUACAAAGUCUGCUAGAGAUGGAAGGAGAGAACGGACCUGCUCCCCCGUCUCCUUCAUCGUCUUCCUCCCCUUCUCCUCCGAUGGGAGGAGAGAUCGGAGGCAUGAAGCCUGUGAGGAGGCUGGGAAGGCAGGAGUCACCGCUCAGCCGUGACACACUGGUCCCAGCAAAGGAGAAAGACACCCAAACCACUACAGCGUCUGAGAGUGUAGCUACUAUAACUGAGUCCAAGACCGAUGCUGUUGUCGCAGGUAAAACAUUAUCCAGUGCGGAGGUCCAAAAGAAGAGCGCAAGUGUAGCUGCAGUGGACACAAAGCCCAGUCCAGCACCGGUUUCAUCCACUACAGAGGUCAAACCAAGCCCAGGUGACAAACCUCAAGCUCUUGAGGUCUCCAAGGGUAAAGUCAGCGAGAAGCUCUCAACACCGGGCACAGCGAAGGUAGUCCAACAAGCAACAAGCAAGCAGCAGAGUGCACAGACAAGUCCAGACAGUGGACCUGCAACUAAACCUCCAGAGAAGACUGAGGAGAAGGUGAAAGGCACUGCAGGUACAGACAAAGGCAAGGUACCAUCUGCAGAGCAGUCCAAGCCACGGAAAGGCACCGAGGCAGGAGAUAAAGGAGGCAGCGAUAAAGCAGCCGAGACAACCAAAGUCAAAGGACCUGCACCUCCAAUCCCCACCCAGGUUCAAAGCCAGGCUGCAGCUGCUGCCAGAUCCAAAGCGGAGAAGGUAUCAACCAGCUACCGUGGGGCCAAAGAGGAGAAGGCCCAUCUGGAAGUCCUGGAAGAAAACCCCAUGUCUCCGUCCUCCAGCGCAGCUUCACCCAGCUCGAGCAAGUCUCGCCCGAUGUCUCCAGGCGACAAAUCCAGCUUUGUGACGCAGCUCACGAGCGUAGCCAAGACGGUGCUCGGGCCUAUGAAGGUCGGAUCGCAAGAGGGGGCGAAGGUCAAAGACACGUCGGCGAAGUCAGGCGAGGAGAAGCGAGGGAGUGCCGGAAAACCGGAGGCUUCGUCCGGGAGCGGGCGUCGGGGCGCGCAGAUGUCGACCUCGACAGUCCAGUCUGAUAAAGGAAGCAGUCGGAGCUCCAAACAUCACUCGUGAUACGAGAAAACAGUCGGACUCUCCCAUGUAAUGCCUUUUACUGUAGCAUCACACUGACAUAUCAUGACUUUGAACGAAGGGAGACGUGAAUGCCUGAAGAAAUAACACCAAAUAGACGACAUAAGAUGUGAACAAAGAUGGUAUCAUAACGUAGGCCUGUGUAUGUACUCUGUGUUCAUCACAUUAUGUUGUGUAUAUAUAUACAUAUAUAAAAAGAAAAUGUCUUAAUGCAUGUCUGACACUGUACAUGGCAAAUGAGAGAAUAUUUAAAAUAGAAGAUGAAGAUUAUAAAGCAGAGGUGGCGAACACUGUGAACAACUUUUCAACCCCGACCAAGACAGGCAAACGACGCGUAGACGAAACGGGCAUUACAUGUCAGAUCAGCUCCGGUGCCAUCUUUUAGUUACUAAACGAGUUCAUGUAGAGAAGAACGACGUGGAAAACCAAGAUACCAAAACGUUUGCAGAGAGGGUGAAUCGGAUCUGUUUAAGGGCUGAAUUGAAAGAGGUAGAUUAGGAUGAACUUGCACAGGGACACUAUGCAAUGUGCUGAUAACGCAACUUUUGUGUUUUUUUUGUGUUUAUAUUUUGGUGUCCCCCAAAUUUACUAAGUUUACAUCGUGCUCCCGACAAGAAGAGAAGAAAUGGUUGCAAUAAGUCGAGCAAACAGGUUUUCUGUCGAUCGUAGUGAAACGUGCAAUGAUAUAUAUUUUAGAUUAUCGUGUGUUCGGAGUGAGAUAAAUAAUGAAAGUAGCACUUAGAGGAGAGUCUUUUUAUUUCUGUGUAUGCAGACGUGUGGUGUAUCGUGUAAUGUUACGUGUGAAGACAAAGUGCCAGUCUUUUUAUUUAUUUAUUUAUUUAUUUAUUUAUUUAUUUAUUUAGUUUGUUUACACUUUAAUGUAUGAAUAAUAUGCAAUCCAACAGUGCCCGGUUCCAUAAAACUGAGCACCGUUUUAUCAGUGAUAAUAGUAGUAGAUGAUACACAAAGCCAGGAGUAGAUAUGUGGUGAGGUCUUUGUUUGUGUGUAUUUACAUAAAAAUGUUCAGGCUAAGUCCUGUCUUAGACCGCCACCUUGUGGACGACAUGACAGCAAAAAGUCCUGAAUAAAGCUGGGUAAUCUUUCCAUUUCAUACAUUAUUAUUCUGAUGCAUUAUU